AAAAGACAGGGACAGAGAGAAAGAUGAGCCCCAGAUGAAGAAAGCAAAAAAGGAAAGUGAAGAUGUGGAAGAGGAGGAAAAUAGGGAGAAGGAGAAUAGUGAAAAACUUGACAGUGAGCAGGGCAAAUGCAAAAAGGUGGAAGAAGAGCGUGAAGUUAAGAAAGAACAUGUCGAUAAAGAAGACCCUGAGAAAAAGAGAAAACCAAAAAAGAAAACAUCAAAAGAAAAGAAACCAGAGAAAGGAACUGAGGAUAAAAAUGAGUGCCCAGUGAAUAAAGAUGGAAUGAAGCAUAAACUUAAAAAGAAAGAUAAAUUGGCCAGUAGAAAAAGUUCCAGAAAAGGGAAAAGUAAAAAUGAAGAGAAAUCUGAGAGAAGUGACAAAGACCAAAAAGAGGAUGAAGGAGCAAGCAAAUGGAAAUGGUGGGAAGAGGAGAAGAGGGAAGAUGGUGUGAAAUGGAAGCAGCUGGAACACAGAGGGCCAUAUUUUGCACCUUUAUAUGAGCCCCUUCCAGAUCAUGUUCACUUUUAUUAUAAUGGAAAGCCCAUGAAAUUGAGUCUAGUAACUGAAGAGAUUGCCACUUUUUAUGGGAAAAUGCUGGACCAUGAGUACACCACCAAGGAUAUCUUUCAAAAUAAUUUCUUCAGUGACUGGAGAAAGGAAAUGACUCCAGAAGAGCAGAAAACAAUAAAAUGCCUAGAGGAGUGUGACUUCACAGAGAUCCACAAGUAUUUUGUAGACAAAAACGAAGCUCGUAAAGCCUUGCCGAAGGAGGAGAAACAAAAGCUAAAAGAAGAGGCAGAAAAACUUCAAGAAGAAUUUGGCUAUUGUAUUUUGGAUGGCCACCGAGAGAAAAUAGGCAAUUUCAAGACCGAGCCACCGGGAUUAUUCCGGGGUCGUGGGGACCAUCCGAAAAUGGGGUUGUUGAAGAAGAGAAUAAUGCCAGAAGAUGUAAUCAUAAACUGCAGCAAGGACUCUAAAAUUCCUGAGCCACCAUCGGGUCACAAGUGGAAGGAAGUGCGCUUUGACAAUACAGUCACCUGGCUGGCAUCAUGGACUGAAAAUAUCCAGAAUUCCAUCAAGUACAUUAUGUUGAAUCCUAGCUCCAAACUCAAGGGGGAGAAGGACUGGCAAAAAUACGAACUGGCCCGGCGUCUGAAAGGAGUAGUGGAUAAGAUCCGGGCUCAGUAUCGGGCUGACUGGAAGUCAAAGGAAAUGAAGAAACGACAAAGAGCAGUGGCCCUUUACUUCAUUGAUAAGCUGGCCUUGAGAGCCGGUAACGAAAAAGAAGAAGGAGAAACAGCCGACACCGUCGGGUGCUGUUCACUGCGCGUUGAGCAUAUCCAGCUGCACCGAGAAAUGGAUGGGCAGGAGCACGUUGUCGAGUUUGACUUCCUUGGCAAAGACUCCAUUCGCUAUUACAACAAAGUUCCUGUGGAGAAACAGGUGUAUAAGAACCUGCGGUUAUUCAUGCAGAACAAAGAUCCAGGGGAUGAUCUAUUUGAUCGACUCAGUACGACCAGCCUGAACAAACAUCUUCAGGACCUGAUGGACGGCUUGACGGCCAAAGUGUUCCGGACCUACAACGCCUCCAUCACACUACAAGAGCAACUGAAAGCUCUCACCGACGCCGAAGACAAUGUAGCUGCGAAAAUUUUGUCGUACAACAGAGCCAACCGAGCUGUGGCCAUUCUCUGCAACCAUCAGCGGGCUACUCCAAAGACCUUUGAGAAGUCUAUGCAGAAUCUGCAGGCGAAGAUUGACGCUAAGAAGGAGCAGCUGGACGAAGCAGUAACUGAGCUCAAAAGAGCAAAAGCUGACCACAAAGCCAAGAAGGAUAUCAAGUCUAAAAGUAACCUGGAGAAGAAAAAGAAGCUUCUCCAGAAAAUAGAAGAACAGCUGAUGAAGCUGAGUGUACAAGCUACAGAUAAAGAGGAGAACAAACAGAUUGCACUGGGCACGUCCAAACUCAACUACCUUGAUCCCAGGAUUAGCGUAGCAUGGUGUAAGAAGUUCGGGGUGCCCAUUGAGAAGAUUUAUAAUAAGACUCAGAGAGAGAAGUUUGCCUGGGCAAUUGACAUGGCGGAUGAAGAUUUCGAGUUCUAAGCACGUAUCUACCAACAAACAGAUGUUUUUCUGUAUAUUUUGGAAGGUUAUUUUUUGAUAUUUUUACCUCUUUCACGUAGAAUUUAAAAAUAUUGAUAAAGGAUUUUUCUGUGUGUGAGACAAGGAAUAUAGUCAGGUUUUGAUUAAAUAUUUAUAUAUAGGUCUGAAAGGUGGCACAGGUUUCCCUCAUUUCUAUAACUGCAGUGUCAGAAUUUUUUCCCAGCCCAGAGGAGACAGGAAGUUUAAUUGUGAACAACCCAGACUUUGGCAGUUCUUCCCCUUCAUCCUUGUCAGAGUAAAAUUGAAAUUCUUGGAAAUUCUGAAGGUGAAAACACAAAUUGGUCUUAAUGCAGCCAAACAACUGAAGAUGUACAGAGAUGCGCCUUCUGACACUGAAGAAAAUAGGGCAACUGAGAAAUUUGGAGUUUUAAAUUGUUUUUCGUCGAUAAAGUUUUCAUAAUGUCCACAAGUAGAGCUGAUGUAUUUUCCAUGGGGGUGGAAAAGGGUCCUAGUAAAAGGCAGGAGAAAGAUUCAGUUAUGGAGAAGUUGCUGCUGAAGGCUAGGCAAAGAUCUUCCAGCAAAAACCACAUUGUAUGACUUUGCGAUUUGGGGAAGACAAAGCUCGAAGAUUUCUGGGAAAGGAGAUGUUAGUUUUUCAGAGUCUCACUGAAAAGUGCUGAACUUUGAGAAAGGGUGUUGGACUAGAGCAGGCUAUUCAGGAAAUUUUGCAAUUCUAGGAGGGGGUUUCCACUGUAAAGUAGCAUUGUGCUACACAGUUAUCUUGGGUGUGGGAUUCUAGUUAAGCUGCUACUUAGAUUGAGGUAAAUGGAUAAACAGCAGUGAGCCUAGGCAAAACCAGUAGAUCCAAGAAGAGACACAGUGAAAAUUAGCUUGAAAUCAAAUUGCUCUUUUUGCAUUGGCAUUUAUUUGGCUCCCAGUGAAAGUUUUUUUCACCUUUUUUUGAGUGUUUUUGUAAGGAAGUUCCGUUGGUUAGUUGAAGAGAAUACAUUUUAACUGACUCCAAGAAAAAAGUUUUGCAUGGCUCAGCAGCUGUCAAGUUCAUUCCUUUUCUUUUGGGGGCAGCAUUUUCUAUGGUAUAAUGGUACUGUUUUCAAGUUCAGUUUUCUUUACAUUUGAAUCACAAUUCAAUAAAAUCAACGUAUUUUUGUGUACUGUA